AUGCCGGAUCUCACUGAUAUUGAGUCGUCCACUAACGAGUCGGCAGCGGGAGAGGGUGGUAUGGCGCAAGGGGGUGCAGUGGUAGGACUGGUGGUGCGGGGGAGGGCGGCGAGAGCAGGAGCAGGAGCAGGAGCAUGGGAGAGCGUGGGAAGCAGGUGGAGUGGGUGGAACGAGGGGGAGAGUGUGAGGGAGAGUAUGAGGGAGAGUGUGGGGGAGAGCAGUAGGGAGGGGAGGAUGGGGCGUGGAGGAGGACAGGGAGGAGGAUGGAGAGAGGGCAAAGGAGCGCUAGGUGGUGAUAUAAAAGAGGGGUUGGAGAGAGAACCGGGGGGACAGGAGGCAGCGAGGAGGAGGACGGGGAUAGGGAAGGAGGGAGAUGAGGGGGAGGAAGAGGGAGAGGAUGGGAUGAAGGGAAGUGAGGAGGGAGAAAGGGGAAGAGAUGAGGGGUCGAUUGAUUGGCUGAGACUGAGUGUGGGCGUGGCGGGAUGCUCUAAGGAGUCUCAACACCAACACACGAUUGACUUUAUGGGAUCAUCGUGCAUCGACAUGAACGAGUCCGAGGAGGAUGGAUGCAUGCCACGUGGCGCACUGUUGGCCUCUCCACGUGGCACAGACUCAGCACGUCCACGUGGCACAGCGUCGGCCUCUCCACGUGGCGCAGCACUGGCCUGGCCUCAUGCCACGUGUCAGCAUGCUCUUGCUGGCAGCCCAGCAUCAAGCAGCGACCUCCGGGAGCUCGUGUCGCGGCAGCAGGGGCAGAUCGAGGAGCUUCGGUGGCUGUUAGGGCAGCAAAUGGAGGCGUGCCACGCACUGGCUGCUGCUCUUGUCUUACCCGUGCUGACUUGUGUUGUUCCCUUUGAAUUCCUGUCCGUUCACUCUCAGGAGCUGGUGGCUCGGCAGCAGGGGCAGAUCGAGGAGCUGCGGCGGCUGCUGGGGCAACAGAUGGAGUCGUGCCACGCACUGGCUGCUGCUCUGAGGCUGCAGCAGCAGGAGCGUCAGCAUUUGGGGAGGCAGGGGGAGCAAGGAUUGGGAGGUUUGAAAGAGACUCAGGAGGCAGAUCUAGAGGAAACAAAGCUUGGAGAAAGCAGGUCCGAGGAAGCAGAUGGGGCAGAAGGGGAAGAAGGGGCAGAGGAGGCGGGUGGUGAAAGAGAGAAGGAAGUACGGGAUAGUGGAGGAGGCGAGAGAGAGGGGGCACGGGAAUGGAGGGACCUGGAUUGGGAUGACGAGUUGAUGCAGCAGUCGGGGGAGCUGCGAGGAGAUAUUACAACUUGCUCAAAGGGCCAACCACAUAGCAUCACUCAAGCAGUUGCUCCUUCACACCAUGGCUCAGCUCAAGUCCCACUCUCCCUCCCGCUCUCCCUCCUGCUCUCCCUCCCGCUCUCCCUCCUGUUCUCCCUCUUGCUCUCCCUCCCGCUCUCCCUCCAGCUCUCCCUCCUAACCCCAGAUCUCUUUCUGUGCCUAUCCUUCCCCUCUCCUCGUUCCCUCCAUGCAGCUUGCUCAAAGGGCCAGCCGCAUAGCAUCACCCAAGCAGUCGCUCCUUCACACCAUGGCUCAGCUCAAGUCCCGCUCUCCCUCUCCGUGCCUUGCGUGUCUCAUUUUCCCCUCCCCGUUCCCUGCAUGCAGCUUGCUCAAAGGGCUGGCCACAUCGCAUCACUCCAGCACAGUCCCUUUGAUGGAGCUCCAUAUGAUGGCUCAGCUCAAGUCCCGCUCUCCCUCUCCCUCCUAACCCCUGCUCUCCCUCUGUUCCUAUUUUUCCCCUCCCUUUCGUCCCUUGACUUGUUUGUUCCCUGCAUGCAGCUUGCGCAAAGGGCCAGCCGCAUAGCAUCACUCAAGCACUCUCUCCUUCACACCAUGGCGCAGCUCAAGUCCCGCUCUCCUUCCCCUGGACCCGCCUUUUCCCUCGCUUCCCUCCACUUCCCCUCCCUCCCCUUGCCCUCCCAACAACCCUCCUCUCGCCCAUCCCCAUCUCCUCAGCUCCCAUCCCUCCACUCGCCCUCUCGUCUCCCCCCCUCUGCUCUUCACCUGCAUUCUCCGUCUCCCAGGCAUUCCCCUGUACUUCCAUUCCGCCCGGCCUCUCAUUCACGUAUCUCUCCCCUUCAUACGGUCGGUGCACAGUGCAGUGAUUGUUUAUAG